AUGCGCGCCAAGCGGUUGCGCACGGUUUAUCUUCCAGAAGAGAGGCAGCGGUGCGUCCAGUUCGCUUCGGCGAAUCCGCGCUGUGAUUGGCUCUUUGGAAGGUACGAUGGCGAGUCUGCGGCCCCUGAUGGCACAUCGGCCCGCUAUAAAAGCUGCCAACAGGGUGGGCGAAUUUGUAUUCGGGCAUCAACGCAACAUACGUUCGAGCGUAGUCCUGAAGUUGUAGGGAGUCGAGAAGUGCAGUUAAGUUUUGAAGUUUUUUUUCGCUUUUUAACUUAUUUCGAGAUGUCUGCCAACGCUGCCAAUGUUCAAUUGUCCUACGCAGCGGGAGAACUUCCCGCCCAAACAUCACCGGCACCGGUCCCCAGCACUCCCCCUGCACCAAGCCCGCAGCAAGCAUCCGUCUCUUCUCCAGCAAAGAGCCAAGCGACCCCAGAAGCCGCCGUUCCUGGGCCCUCCGCGACGGCGUCCGCCGACCCCGAUGUUCCGAGUUUCUCCGCAAUUGGCAAGCAGCUGUGGGUGACUGCCGGCACCCAGACGCCGACGCGCCGAGACGGAGACGCGUCCCCCGGGGAGGCCGUCGGAGAGGCUGCCUUUCCGCCCACCGAAGAACAAUCGGAGAAAGAGGAAGCAUCCAGCGAAAGCGCGGAGAGGGACUCCUCUGGAAGCGAGGAGGAGCUGCUCGCCCCGAGCGGGUCCAUGUUCUUGGAUCACUUGCGCACGUUGCCCGUCGUGCGGUGCUCCACCAACCUCUACGCCCGCGUCAGAUCCAACGGCCUCCUCUCUGUGCCGCUGGCCUUGCUGGAAUGCUCAGCGACUCUCGCUGCUAUGCCGGUUAGAAUGGCGGCCUUGCCCUUGCAGGCUUUGUGCCCCACUUGGCUGUUCCUGCUAGACUGGACUCUCUACAAGGGGCUGGACACGGUGCUUGCGGUCUGCCCUUGCAUUGCGGCUCCCCUGAAUCAGGUAAUUCUUAGCCGCCUUCACUCGCAUUUUCACCCUGUUCGGCCAGACGGGCCCGUAAAAGGUCUACUGUACCAAUAUGGAUUGACUCUAGGCUUAAUUGUUGCCGUAAUUUCUGUUCUGAAACCAAAAACUGUUGUAUCAACUGCGUUUGCUGCUGCCCUAGAGCUGCUCGUGAGGCCGUGAAAAGCCUCUGCCCGAAGCCUAAAUCUAACUAGCUUUUUCUUGCCACAUGUGCUAAUGGAUCUUAACAUAUUCUUGGUUUAUUCUUAAUUUAUUCUUAACUUACAUCCUCUGCUUUUUAACUUUAAUUUUUUUAAAUAAAUCAUUGUUCCAUUU